CCGUUUGUUUUUGCUCCGUUAGCAUUUUCACAGUUAGCCUGGUUAGCUCCGGUGCAGCCGUAAAAACUUUUGCCUUUUGCGUGAACAUAAUUGAAUAACAUUUCUCACACACAGAGGAGGUAGAUGGGCCUCGGUUCCAGGAUGGUCCCCACGGAGGACUCUGCGCGGAAACGGGAGAUAGAAGACAAACUCAAGCAGGAGCAGGAGACGCUGUCGUUCAUCAGAGAAAACCUGGAGAAGAGUGACCAGCUCACAAAGGGAAUGGUGUCGAUCUUGUCCUCAUUCGAGAGCCGCCUGAUGCAGCUGGAGAAUUCCAUUAUCCCGGUCCACAAACAGACGGAAAACCUGCAGCGGCUCCAGGAAAACGUGGACAAGACCCUGAGCUGCAUGGACCACGUCAUCGGAUACUACCACGUCGCCAAGGACACGGACCGCAUCAUCAGAGAGGGUCCGACCGGGCGUCUGGACGAGUACUUGUCCUGCAUCGCCAAAAUCCAAAAAGCCGUGGAGUAUUUUCAGGACAACAACCCCGACAGCCCCGAGCUCAACACGGUGAAGUCCUUGUUUGAGAAGGGGAAGGAGCUCCUGGAGGCAGAGUUCCGGAGCCUUCUGACCCGGUACAGUAAACCGGUCCCUCCCAUCCUGAUCCUGGACGCUCUGGGGGCCGAGCUCGGACCCGACGACGAGCUCGACGUCCAGGAAGACGUGGUCCUGGAACAUCUGCCCGAAGCCGUUCUCCAGGACAUCAUCUGCAUCUCAGGCUGGCUCACGGAGUACGGCAGGAACCAGGACUUCAUGAACGUGUACUACCAGAUCCGCUCGUCUCAGCUGGACCGCUCCAUCAAAGGCCUCAAGGACCAUUUCAGGAAGAACAGCGCCUCCUCCGGGGCCCUGUACUCGCCCGCCGUCCAGACCAAACGGAAGGAAACGCCCACCAAGAAACUGCCCAAGAGACCAGUCUACAUCCCAGGGACCAUCCGUAAAGCGCAGAACCUUCUCAAACAGUAUUCACAGCUCGAUGGGAAAAAGGGCGGAUCUAACCUCACUCCUCUGGAAGGUAACUAUCACGAGCUUCGACUGAAAAUUCUGUCGGACCCGAGCGACAGGAGCAGCACCGGUAAAGACGAAGUGCUGGACAUCGAGAUCGACUCGUACAUUCACUGCAUCAGCGCCUUCGUGAAGUUGGCCCAGAGCGAGUACGCGCUCCUCACGGAGAUCAUCCCCGAACACCACCAGAAGAAGACCUUCGACUCGCUCAUACAGGAGGCGCUGGACAGUCUGAUGUUGGAGGGGGAGGGGGUGGUGGCGGCGGCGAGGAGAGCGAUCUUCAGACACGACUACAGCGCCGUGCUCUCCAUCUUCCCCGUGCUCCGACACCUCAAGAACAACAAGGGAGACUUCGAUAAUACACUACAGGGCACAGCCGCCAGCACCAAGAACAAACUCCCGGCUCUCAUCACCUCCAUGGAAACGAUCGGCGCCAAAGCUCUGGAGGAGUUCGCUGACAGUAUCAAGAACGACCCGGAUAAAGAAUACAACAUGCCCAAAGACGGAACAGUGCACGAACUCACCAGCAACGCGAUUCUGUUCCUGCAGCAGCUCCUGGACUUUCACGAGACUGCAGGAGCCAUGCUCGCCUCACAAGAGAGUUCUUCGUCUUCGUCGUACACGUCGGAUUUUAACAAACGUCUGCUCAGCUCCUACAUCUGUAAAGUUUUGGGGAAUCUGCAGCUGAAUCUUUUGUCCAAGUCGAAGGUUUAUGAAGAUCAGGCUCUGAGCGCCAUUUUCCUCCACAACAACUACAACUACAUCCUCAAGAGCCUCGAGAAGUCUGAGUUGAUCCAGUUGGUGACGGUGACUCAGAAAAGAGCCGAGAACUCGUACAGAGAACUGAUCGAACAACAGAUCCUCACCUACCAGAGGAGUUGGUUGAAGGUGACGGAGCAUCUGACCGACAAGAACAUGCCAGUGUCCCAACCUGGAGCAAAGCUCAAAGACAAAGAGCGACAGGUCGUCAAAGACAAAUUCAAGGGUUUUAACGAGGGUCUGGAGGAGCUGUGCAGGACACAGAAGUUCUGGGCCGUUCCUGAUAAAGACCAAAGAGAUUUCAUCCGACGAGAGCAGAAGAGAGCCGUGUCCGAGGCCUACAGGAACUUCCUCCACAGGUGUGCAAACAUCUCGUUCACUAAAAACCCAGAGAAGUAUCACAAAUAUCGUCCUGAGGAGGUGGAGGAGAUGAUCGACCGACUGUUCGACACUUCAGCCUGAAACUGAAACAAAACUACAGAAACAAACAAACAAACAAACACUGAUCUCCAGAAGCAUUUACACUUUAAAAACAUCAGAGCAAAAACCUGAUCCUCGUGUUACUCAGUCAAACGCCUUAAAAAAUAAAAAGUUUCUGGUUCAAAUGGAGAAGAUAAAAAUCACAUAAUUACUCUGAAGGAUUUGCUGUAAUUUAACCCAGAUUUAAACAUCACAUUUCACUGAACUCCUGCUGAACGUCUCUGUGUCUCUGUGUCUCGUCUGUGGAUGAAUCCUGUAAAAACACUUUGUUUUUUAUUUAUGUUGAAAUUUAACGUUGCACAUUAAAUAAUUCUAUGAACUAU